CAACAAAAGAGAGAAACCGAAGAAGAAACAAACGAUCGGGGAGAGAUAGAGAGAAAAGUCAUCACCAUCUGAUUCCUUCGAUCUGCUAAAAGCUUUCGCUCGGUGAAGGAAGGAAGGAAGGAAACAGAUAGACCUUCAUUUACCCCUCCCACCUUUCUCCAUUAGAAAACGUGUCUGGAGGUAUAAUAUUUAUACUGAGAGGAGAGAUAGAAAAUGGCGGAUGGGAUAUCGAGCUUUUGGGGUCCUGUGACCUCUACUAUAGAGUGUUGUGAGAAGAACUACGCCUACUCUUCUUACAUUGCUGAGUUCUACAACACCGUCUCCGGUGUCCCUGGAAUCCUACUGGCUCUCAUUGGUCUCAUCAAUGCCUUAAGGCAACGCUUUGAGAAGAGGUUUAGCGUCCUUCACAUCUCCAACAUGAUCCUUGCUAUCGGCAGCAUGCUCUACCAUGCCACUUUGCAGCACGUGCAACAACAGAGUGAUGAAACCCCAAUGGUGUGGGAGAUACUUCUCUACAUGUACAUCCUCUACUCACCAGACUGGCAUUACAGAAGCACUAUGCCCACUUUUCUUUUCCUCUACGGUGCUGCCUUUGCUGCAGUCCACGCUUAUCUCAGGUUUGGCAUCGGUUUCAAGGUCCACUACGUGAUCCUCUGCCUUCUGUGCAUCCCUAGGAUGUACAAGUACUACAUUCACACAGAGGACACCGCAGCUAAAAGGAUUGCGAAAUGGUAUGUUGCUACGAUCCUAGUGGGAAGCGUUUGCUGGUUCUGUGACCGUGUUUUCUGCAAGACGAUAUCUCAGUGGCCUGUGAAUCCUCAGGGACAUGCUCUGUGGCAUGUAUUCAUGAGUUUCAACUCUUAUUUUGCAAACACGUUCUUGAUGUUCUGUCGAGCUCAGCAACGUGGAUGGAAUCCAAAGGUGAAGUACUUUCUGGGAGUUCUUCCUUACGUCAAGAUCGAGAAGCCAAAAACGCAAUGAGAAGGAAAAAUUGGGGGGAGAAAGAGCCCAUAAGAAGAUCAUAAAUAUAGUUUUUUGUUCAUCGUUUUGUCAGAAAUUUCGAAGUUUGUUUUAUUUUUUUUGGAAGUGGAACUCUCUAAGAUACAGAGUCUAGAUUCUUUUUCUUGUAUUAGUUUUAUUGGGGAUGAUAUGAUCUUAAGAAGUAUUGAUUUUUAACUUGCUGAAUCGCUUUUGUUUCUCUGUUUCUUGUGUUAGUGCAUCAUCUUAUAGUGAGAGAUCUUUCUUUAACAAAGCUGUGAGCUGAAAACGGGAAAGACAAUAAACUUAUGAAUCUAUUGCUUUCUUCUUUUGUAUCCAAAUGUUUUUCUUGUUAACACACGCAUGGUAUAUGGUAUAUGGAAGGUACAAUGAAGGCCUGUGAUGAUGGUCUAAGAUCCAAUAACCUUUUCUUGUAACAUUUGGCCAAGCUUCAUGAAUAGAGCUUGUUGUUCCUCCAAUGUCAGGCUUGUUAUUAUCUGUAAUAAAGAAGAGUUCAUCAAAAGCCAAAUAAGGGAUCUUAAAAUGUGUUGUGUUGGUUCUUUUACAGAGUAAAGUAAUCUUCUUACCUGGUCUAAGAGCUUAUCAACAGAGAAGCUUUGAGGUACAACAAAUGAUUGAUGGUAUAUAUAUGCAAAAACAGCCAUCACCAUCUUUAAACCAGAAAGAAUACAAUGAUGUUAGAGAAGGUCUACGGUUGCAAUAACAAUGUAUUGAACUCAGUGCGGCCAUAUAUACCUGACAAUCCAUUCUAUCUGUGAUUCCACCAUGCCCGGGAAUACUAUCACCAAAGUCCU